CCAGUAAUUGCACUUUAUUCAACGCCACUACACCAACAACUGCAACCUCCUCCUCACCCUCCUCUUCCUCUACCACACUAUAAACCCCUUCUCUUGUAUUUAAAUAUAACUUGAAUACCCAACCUCAAGUGUCCGACUUUGAGCUUCAUUCUGUAACUCCUCACCCUCACCCUAAACCUCAAAGUAGAACCAAAUAAACCAAAAGGAAAAUGGCAAAGAAAACCACCCUCCAGCAGUUUGAGUCGGUCUUCCCGAAACUUCAGGAAGACCUUCUAGCUACCGCGAAGCAGUACAAUCUGCCCCAGGAGCAGCAGGAUUGGUAUAAGAAGAUGCUCGAGGUCAACGCAGUAGGUGGAAAAUGCAAUCGGGGCAUGUCAGUUCCUGACUCUGUGUCUCUGCUCCUCAACAAAGAAUUAUCUGAAGAAGAGUACUUCCAUGCUGCUACGCUAGGCUGGCUGAUUGAACUCCUUCAAGCAUUCUUCCUUGUCUCAGAUGAUAUCAUGGACGGUAGCAUUACACGGCGUGGAAAGCCAUGUUGGUAUCGUCAGGAAGGUGUCGGUAUGGUUGCCAUCAACGACGCUUUCCUGCUCGAGUCCGCCAUCUACACUCUACUCAAGAAGCACUUCAGAUCUCACCCAUCGUAUCUCCCCAUGAUUGAGCUAUUCCAUGAGACAAGCCUGCAGACCGAAUUCGGCCAGCUAUGCGAUCUUCUCACUGCCCCGGAGGACGUAGUGAACCUGGACAACUUCAGCUUAGAGAAGUACACCUUCAUCGUCAUCUACAAGACCGCCUAUUACAGCUUUUACCUGCCAGUUGCUCUGGCCCUACACCAGCUCAACAUCGCCACCCCUAAGAACCUAAAGCAGGCCCAUGAUAUUCUGAUCCCCAUGGGCGAGUACUUCCAAGUUCAAGAUGACUACCUAGACAACUUCGGUCUCCCUGAGCACAUCGGCAAGAUCGGCACUGAUAUCCAAGACAACAAGUGCUCGUGGCUGGUAAACAAGGCUCUGGAGAUCGCAACACCUGAGCAGCGUAAAGUACUUGAGGAGCACUACGGAAAGAAGGACAAGGCCCACGAAGCCGAAGUCAAGAAGCUUUACGACGACCUGAAGCUCGAGAAAAUCUACGAGGAUUUCGAAGAGAAGAGUGUCACUAAGAUUAGAGCUUUGACAGCUCAAUUGGACGAGAGCGAAGGCCUGAAGAAGGAAGUCUUUGACGAGUUCUUGCAGAAGAUCUACAAGCGAAGCAAAUGAGCUUCUCAAAUUUUGAGAAAUAAGAGUCUUCGUUAGGGGUUAGUUGGUCUGUUUCGAUUUCGGAUAUGAAGCGAGGGAAAGCAUUCCUCCUCACUUGACGCAAGAUGUUAAUGCGGAAUAUCAUUAGAUGUUGACUACAAGUUUUUGGAAGAAACAAUGAAAAAAUAAUAAAUAAAAAUAAU